CCCGGGGGAGAGUGAAACAUGAUGGCCCGGUCAGUGUGCUCCCUUUCCGGAAGACUGAAGCUCGUGUUCAGCAACCGGUUAACCAGGGUUUAUGGUGCAGCUACAUGUAAUCAGAGACACAAGUCCACUUACACUCAGACCAUACCUCCACCAGCGCGGUAUGGAGGCAGGCACACUGUGACUCUGAUUCCCGGUGAUGGCAUCGGACCAGAGCUGGCCAACCACGUGUGUGAACUAUUUCGGUUCUGCUGUGUGCCAGUGGACUUUGAGGUUGUCAAUGUGGACUCGUCCAUGGACUCAGAAGAUGACAUCGAUAACGCCAUAAUGGCUAUCAGACGCAAUGGAGUUGCACUAAAAGGUAACAUUGAAACCAACCACAACUUGCCACCGUCCUACAAGUCCAGGAACAAUCUGCUCCGCACCACUCUGGAUCUGUAUGCCAACGUGAUGCACUGCCAGUCUCUACCAGGAGUGAGGACACGCCACAGAAACAUCGACAUCAUGAUCAUCAGGGAGAACACAGAGGGAGAGUACAGCAGCCUGGAGCACGAGAGUGUACCAGGCGUUGUUGAAUGUCUGAAGAUCAUCACCAAGACCAAAUCUUUGCGCAUCGCAGAUUACGCUUUCAGAACUGCUCGAGCCAAAGGACGCCGACUAGUCACUGCUGUGCACAAAGCUAAUAUCAUGAAGUUGGGUGACGGCCUCUUCCUGGAGUGCUGCAAAGAGGUUGCGAGCGGUUACCCUGAAAUCACCUUCGACAGCAUGAUUGUGGACAACACCACCAUGCAGCUGGUUUCCCGGCCCCAGCAGUUCGAUGUGAUGGUCAUGCCUAAUCUGUAUGGCAACAUCGUGAGCAAUGUGUGUGCUGGGCUCGUUGGUGGACCCGGCCUGGUGCCUGGAGCCAACUAUGGAGAGGACUACGCCGUGUUUGAGACGGGCACCAGGAACACCGGGAAGAGCAUUGCAAACAGCAACACAGCCAACCCCACGGCCAUGCUGCUGGCCUCCUGCCUGCUGCUGGACCACCUGAAGCUCCAUGCCUACGCCAGCAUGAUCCGCAGAGCCAUCAUCUCCACUGUCACUGAGACUCAGCUGCACACCGCUGACCUGGGAGGCCAGGGCUCCACCUCAGAAGUGGUCCAGUCCGUCAUGAAUGCUGUUCAGAGCACCGGGCCCCUGACUCUGAGCAUCUAGAACAAACACACAUUAAUGUGUAAACUCUCUCACACUUCAGAGUGUGUAUAAUAGUGUGCCUCUCUUUAGUCUUCUAUGCAAUUUCCUAUUAACAAAAGCAAGUGUUUGGACAGUAAUUCUGACAUGGAAUGCAAUGGUUGUUAUGUUAGUAGAGUUUCCUCAUCUCCCGAAGGUUUUUUUGAAGUUGUUUGAGCACUUUGUUUGCAUCUAUACUUUACCUGAACCGACCAUCAUACUGUUUACUGUAUGAAACCAUACACAAUGCUACACCUGUUUUCUGUUACACCCAAUCAUUUCCAUGUUUAGAAGUUGGUUUCAUGUAUUAAUUAUGACGUGAAAUCAGAUAUUCUUCAUGCAUUUAACUUAUUUUCCAACCAAACACUGUCUAGUGAAACACAGACGUCUUACUACUGAAUGUAUUGGGCAUUCAUAAAGUUACUCGAGCUAAUAAAACCCACGUCCCCGUAGUUUGUU